AUGAUACCAGACAAAUUUUAUUUAGCAUUAGCUAUUCAAGCAAAUAAUUUGUGUGACGCUAUUUUUUCAAUGCUAGCGGAAUCUUGUGUUAUUAUUUUCCACCCAUUCAUCCGUCGUGAUAUUACACAGCUUUUAAAGAAAAUUUUUAUAAAAAAUAGAAUAACCGACAGUUCUACAAAUAUGACAAUUUAUUUGAAAAAGGAAAAUGAAGCAGUUGAUCAAAUAAAAAUGUUAACAAAUUCUUGGGAAAAGAAAGCUUUAAAUAAUAAUAAUAUGAUAAUUGUUGAAAAUAAAUAUAAAGUAGUUAAGUAA